GGCGGGAAUGGCGCGGGCAUGAGCUCGGGAGGCGCAGGCGAGGGCGGAGCCGGGAGUGGUGCCAUGCUGUCGGCGGAAGAGCGCAAGGCGCUGCUGGCAGCCAAGGAAAAGGCGGUGGCGAGCUACGGCAAGCUCCGUAAGGUCCGCAGGUUCGGCGAGACGGCCGAAGUGCUGGCCGGCUUUGGUGGACAUCGGCCGGGCGCGGCUUACGUCCCGUAUUGGGUCCCGCACGCUGAGGUCCAGCCCGAAAUCCUUGUUCAGGAGCCGUUCCAGCCGUUUCUCAUCGAGUACCUCAACGCCGCUGCUUCAGAGUUCCAUCCAGCGGAGAUCACCCUCGUCGCUCAUCGACACCUCGCCGCCCUCCCUCCGCAGCUGCUCGACGUGGUCACCCUCACCAAGCUCGAUCUGACCUCAAACAUGCUCACCGCUUUGCCGGACGGCUUCACCAAGCUGGCCAAUCUCAGGUCGGUUGUCCUGCAGGACAACGCGCUGACGACGCUCGUCCCACUCGGCGGUUGCCUCAAUCUCACGGCGCUCGACGCAUCGGCCAACGAGCUCAAGGCCAUCGACUCGAGCAUAGCUUCGCUCAUCCGGCUCACCGACCUCCGUCUCUCCGGCAACUCGUUGUACGAGCUGCCGGCCGAGCUGGGCAACUUGACCUCGCUGCGCCAUCUCGACGUCUCGCGCAACCAGCUGGUCACGCUCUCGGGAGCCAUCGAGCGGCUUCUCUCGCUCCACACCCUCAUUGCCUCGCGCAACAUGAUCCAGGCACUUCCCCCAGCGCUCGGCUCGUGCGCCUCGCUCGUCGUCCUCAACGUCGCCCACAACCACAUUCGCGAGAUCUCACCCGAGAUCGGGUCGCUUGCAGAGCUCGACGUCCUCCGCCUCGACCACAACCUCCUGAUCCAUCUCCCAGACGCGCUUGGUAGGCUCUCGAGCCUCCGCAAGCUUUUCCUCCACGUCAACCGCCUCGAGUCGCUGCCAGACUCGCUCUGCCUCCUCGAGAUGCUCUGGCUCCUCCGCGUCGACCACAACCAGCUCGCCGACCUCCCGUUUCACAUGGGCCGCCUCCGCCGCUUGGAGCAGCUGUUCCUCAACAACAACCUCAUCCGCUCGCUGCCAGACCUCGGCGACCUUCCGCGGCUUCACACCGUCUGGAUCCACAACAACUACAUCACAUCGGUAACCGGCAAGGUUGAUGGUCUCGUCAACGCUGCCUACCUCUACAUUCAUGACAACCGCCUCACCUUUCUCACCCGCGGCAUCGGCAGCCUCUCGCUGCUGCGCGCCCUCUACGUCUUUGACAAUGACCUCUACGAGCUGCCUGAAGAGCUUGGCCAGCUGGCCCUGCUCGAGGAGCUCGACGUCUCGCGCAACAAGCUCCGCACCCUGCCCGAUGCCCUCGGCGAGCUCUCGCAGCUCAAGGUUCUCAACGCCUCAGGCAACUCGAUCACCGAGCUCUCUCCGCCGCUGCUGGCCCUGCCGGCCCUCACCCAGCUCAACCUCCAUGACAACUCCAUCAAGAACUUGCCCAUCAAGGCACUCUCCGGCGCCCUGCCCUCGCUUGUUUCGCUCAACCUCUCGCACAACCACCUCUCGGGCGCAGACAUGCGCGCCGUCCGCUCCGUCUUCCAUGCCCUCCCCUACCUCUUCCUCGACGCCAACCUCGAGAAGCGGGUCAUCUCCAUGUUCCGCUCGCCCUCGCACAAAGACUCGCUCGACAAGUACGACGAGGAGCUCCGGCGUCGCGGCGUCCGCAUCCGCGCCGAGCGCGCCGCAAAGUAUUCCGCCAAAGUCUCCCGACUCCGCGAGCUGGUCCUCGGCAAGCGAUAG